AUGCCGCCGAGUAGUUUACGAGUCGUGUACGCGUUCGCAAGAGAAAUGCACCCGAAAACAACAGACAUCUUCAUUGAAUACGGCACUGCCGGAUUCCGAACAAAAGCAAAUCUCUUAGAACAUGUAGUCUACCGAAUGGGUUUGCUAGCUGUUAUAAGGUCGAGAUGUAAAAAUGGUCGUACUAUCGGCAUGAUGAUCACAGCCUCGCACAACCUGGAGCCAGACAACGGCGUCAAAUUGAUCGACCCAGAUGGUGAAAUGCUCGAACAGAGCUGGGAGGAAAUAGCUACGAGGCUUGCGAAUGUCAGUGACAAUGACUUGGAAUCAACAACGGAACAAGUCAUCAAACAAGUAAACGCUGACAUGGGUUUGAAGGCCAGCGUUUAUAUUGGUAUGGACACGAGAUACACAAGCCCGCGUCUAGCUGCCGCGGCGGUUCAUGGAGUUAUGGCGCUGAAGGGAACAGCAAAAGAAUUUGGCAUCGUAACUACUCCCAUGUUGCAUUUUUGUGUGAAGUGCCGAAACGACAACACGUAUGGCACACCGACAGAAGAAGGCUAUUACGAAAAAAUUGUCGGCGCGUUCAAAAACAUACGUCAAAAGUUACCAGUAUUCGGCCAUUACAACACAACUUUACACGUUGACGGCGCAAAUGGCGUGGGGGGAAAGAAACUGAACAUCAUCAAGAAGACAUUGGACGGAGAAUUGGAUCUAGUUUUGUACAAUUUGGGUGGGAACGGCGGGAAAUUAAAUUUAAAUUGUGGAGCAGAUUACGUAAAAGUGUCUCAGAAGCCCCCAGUAGGAGUAGAGCCUGUGCCUUUCCAAAGAGUUGCAUCAUUGGACGGCGAUGGAGAUAGAAUCGUUUACUAUUAUGUAGAUGACAGUAACAACAUGUGUCUGUUAGACGGGGACCGUAUAGCGACGUUAUUAGCCAGCUAUAUAACGGAAUCAUUAAAAGCAUGCGAUGCGACACAUUUGCGACUUGGGUUAGUGCAGACUGCAUAUGCCAACGGUGGAUCUACGAAAUAUAUUACGGAAGAUUUGAAAGUACCAGUCACAUGCGUAAAGACGGGUGUUAAGCAUUUACACCAUGCAGCGUUGUCAUACGACAUCGGUGUGUACUUCGAGGCCAAUGGACACGGGACUGUAGUGUACAGUGACGUCGCCAAAAGCACUAUAGCCAAGGUUGCCCAAGAAGGUGACACAGAACAGCGAAAGGCGGCUCAGCUAUUGCUCAAUUUCAUAGAUAUGACCAACGAGACGGUUGGCGACGCCAUUUCUGACCUUUUCCUGGUCGAGACCGUGCUGUGCGCUAGGGGGCACGACGUUAGGCAGUGGAUGGAUUCGUAUAAGGAUCUGCCGUGCAGGCAACUCAAAGUGACUGUUGAGGAUCGCAACGCAAUCAAGACCACAGAUGCCGAGCGUAAAUGCACAUCGCCAGAAGCACUUCAAGGCCAAAUCGACGAACUGGUCUCCAAAUACAACAGUGGAAGAGCGUUUGUUAGGCCGUCGGGGACCGAAGAUAUUGUAAGGGUUUACGCUGAGGCAGAUACGCAGGAUUCCGCGGAAAAAUUGGCAGCAGAAGUGUCUCAGGCUGUUUUCGACUUGGCCGGUGGUGUUGGGGAUCGGCCCUCUUUACCAGCUUAG